AUGGGUACGAAUGAAAGUGCGCCCGUUCUUGAAAGUACCAUUGAUGAACUUAAUCUUAGUGGUGAAAAUAUUGAGAUGAUUCCAUAUAAUAUUCCUCCUGACCAUCCAAUUAAGUCUUUAUUACUUUCACACAAUCGGCUUGAACUCAUUCCGCAGAAACUAUUAAAUUUGGCUACACUCGAUAUAUCGUACAAUGAAAUUGCAGCUGAUAUAGCGGAUUCUGAAGUUAUAGAAUAUCCAAAUUUGAAAAGCAUCACAUUAUCAGGCAAUCAUCUCGAUCAUAUUCCAAAAUCACUAUUCAACUCUUUAAACAUAACCGAUUUGAUUGCAGAUCGCAAUAAGUUUUGCGACGAUACAGUUUCUUUAGCCAAGUUCGAGCAUCUUGAGAAUUUAGAUCUUUUCCUCAAUAUGUACAAGAAAUUCCCAGAGCUACCACAAUCGUUAGUAUCGCUUAGCUUCGGAUUUAAUUUUGUUUCCGAAUUAAAUCUUUCAUUGCCAAAUCUUACUCAGCUUAGAGUUCCCGGCUGUGGCAUUAAGAUAAUUUCAACGGACUGCCAGUUCCCAAAUCUUCGUCUUUUGGAUAUUUCCAUGAACAAUUUAUGCGAAGUCCCUCCUAUUGAUUCUAUAUUCCCUAAGCUAGAAACGCUUUAUAUCUCAUUUAAUUACAUUCAUGAGUUCCCUAAGUCCCUUCCUUUAUCCAUUGUUGAAGUAAAUGCAUCUCACAACGUCAUUGAAGAAUGGAACGAUAACAUUGACCAUCUACAGAGCCUCACUUCUGUGGAUGUUAGCCAUAACAAGCUUUUAACCAUUCCAAAAGUUCCUUUAUCUCUGACUACUUUUAAUUGCGAUUACAACUUUAUCGACAAGUUUGAAUACUUUAAUUUCGAAUGCGUACAACAGAUCCAGCUCAGCCAUAACAAUUUCCAUGAAGUUCCAAAUUUAAGCAAAUGUACAGCCAACGGCUUGUAUAUGACUCAUAACUUCCUAGAAGAAAUUAAUAUGAAUAAUAUCAGCAAGGUAAUUACCAGAUUCGAUUUUACCAAGAAUAUGAUCAAAGAAAUUCCUCUUGACAUAUUCCUCAUCGAAAGAGUUCAAACGCUAAACCUCAAUUCAAAUAAUUUGACGUCUCUACCAUCGGGAAUUGCAAGCUCUUCGCUUACGUCCCUCUUCAUUUCCGAAAAUAAUAUAAAAUCUUUACCGGAGCUGCCUCCAAAUCUUAUGACAAUAUGCGCUGUAUCAUGCGGAUUUGAAGAAUUACCAAAGGAAUUACUCAAUUGCCCCAGAUUGUCUCAUAUUGACUUUUCAAACAAUAAAAUUACAAAAAUUGAGAAAUUCCCGGCCUGCAGACGCAUUUGCCUUUCAUACAAUCAGAUAAAAGACAUACCUACAAUACCAGAUCAAGUUUCUUUCCUUGAUCUUUCUCAUAAUCAGUUGAAACACCUCAAAAUACUUGGCGAAUUCAUCAUGCUACAGGAUCUCGAUAUUUCCCAUAACAAGCUUAUCAACAUUGAGCACUCAUCUCUCCCAUUAAUGACCUCAUUUAAGAUUUCUCAUAAUCCAUUGAACAAAUACGUCCUCGAUUUCACCAAAUUACCAGCUCUUAAGAUGUGCGAUGUCACUUUUACGUCGAUUCACCUCCCACAGAAGGUUCCAGACACAAUAAAAGAGUUUGAUACGAGCGAUGCCGGACUUUACAACAGAUCUAAGUCGCCAAAAGUGAGGCUCUUCCAACCAAGAAGGUGCGGGUAUAGCGAAGCCUGUGGACCACGCCCGUCAAUGGAAGAUGCUCUGAUUAUUCGAUCAAAUAUCGACUCCCAAGUUGACAUUUACGCGGUCAUUGACGGCCACGGAGGCACAGAUACCGCAAUAUUGUCUGCAUUCUUCAUUCCGCAGUACUUUGUCGCUGAAAAAUCCAAAGGAAUUGCAGCAUUUUCGUCAAUCAUCAAAAGAUUGAUCGAACGCCUCAAAAAAGCGAAUGUCCGUGAUGGAGCAACAAUAGCUUUCACAAUCGUAACACCAGAUGAAAUCGGUUGCGCGUAUUUGGGAGAUUCAAGAGCACUUUUGAUCCGAAAAAGUGGAGCGGUUUGCCAGCUAUCGUUCGACCACAAACCGACUGAUCCUGCAGAAAUCAUGAUGAUCAAAGAGAACCGUAGCUUUGUUUCUGAAAUGCGAACAGCAGGAAUUUUGGCGAUGAGUCGAGCGAUUGGAGAUUUCAACAUCCCUGGAGUUUCACAUGUACCUGAUAUGACCAGUGCUGUAAGAUCUAAGGAAGAUUACAGACUUGUUCUUGCUUGCGAUGGAGUUUUCGAUGUUGUUUCGCAAGAUGAAAUCGGAACUAUCGCUGUAAAUGAGAAAGAUGUGAAUGUUGCUGCUGCAAAGAUAAGGAACUUGGCUUUGGGAAGAGUUUCUCAGGAUAAUAUAUCUGUUAUUGUAGUUGAUGUCGAGAAGAAGAAAUGA